GCCACGUGGUGGGGCCGGGAAGCCGCGGCCGCCGAGUGCCCGGGCGGCUGCCCCAGCUGGGCAGUGCUGCUGUGCGCCGCGCCGCGCUCGGUGCCUGCGCCCCCCGCUCCCCGCCAGCCGCCCCGGGGCAGCAGGCGCGCCUGGCGGCCGAGCGGGCAGACAAAGGAGGCGCGGCGCGGCGGAGGCGGCGCGCGGGCGCACGGACCAUGGACUCGGAGCGCCGGCGGCCGGUCCCAGCCCUGAGGAGCCGGCGCUCCCGGGCCCGGCCCUAGGCGCCCGGCCCCGCCGCCCGAGGCGCGCAGCGGGAGGACGCGGAGCCCGCGCGGCGCGGAGGAGGCGGCGGCCGGCCCGCGCGGCCCCCGGAGCCAUGGGCAAGUGCAGCGGGCGCUGCACGCUCGUCGCCUUCUGCUGCCUGCAGCUGGUGGCGGCACUGGAGCGGCAGAUCUUUGACUUCCUGGGCUACCAGUGGGCACCGAUCCUUGCCAACUUUCUGCACAUCAUGGCCGUCAUCCUGGGCAUCUUUGGCACCGUGCAGUACCGCUCCCGGUACCUCAUUCUGUAUGCAGCCUGGCUGGUGCUCUGGGUCGGCUGGAACGCUUUCAUCAUCUGCUUCUACUUGGAGGUUGGACAGCUGUCCCAGGACCGGGACUUCAUCAUGACCUUCAACACAUCUCUGCACCGCUCCUGGUGGAUGGAGAACGGCCCCGGCUGCCUGGUGACCCCUGUCCUGAACUCCCGCCUGACCCUGGAGGACCAUCAUGUCAUCUCUGUCACAGGCUGCCUGCUUGACUACCCCUACAUCGAAGCACUCAGCAGCGCGCUGCAGAUCUUCCUGGCCCUCUUCGGCUUCGUGUUCGCCUGUUACGUGAGCAAAGUGUUCCUGGAGGAAGAGGACAGCUUUGACUUCAUCGGUGGCUUUGAUUCCUACGGGUACCAGGCGCCCCAGAAGACGUCGCAUUUACAGCUGCAGCCUCUGUACACGUCCGGCUAACUUCUGCUCGGCGCCCACCCCGCGGCCACUUCGCCUGCGGCUGGACAGACUACGCCGCCGCUGCCGCUGGUCGGGCCCGCAUGGGCUGGCGCGCCCCCUGGCGGCCCAAGGACCGACUGCAGCCUGCGCUGGCUGCCCGUGGCUGGGCAGCGGACUUGGACUUGGCCCUUGCCCAGGCUCUGGGUGGGGCAAGUUGGGAUGCGGGAGGGGGAUCUCGGGGUUUGUAUUUUUUUUAAACUCAGCCUUGGCCGGCGCUGGGGCCUCCCUCUGUUCCCCAGCCUCUCCCUACCACCUUCUCCCCAGCAUCCUGUCCCCUGUCCAGAGAGAAAAGGCAGAGUGGACAGACUCACCCCAUCUCUCUGCACUCACUCAUCCCCCGGCCCAGGGGAGCGGGAGUCCUGGCUUCUAAGCGCUUCUCCCUCACUGACUGUGGGGCCUGGCCCUGGAAACCCUCUCUGGGCCUCAGUUUCCCCACCUCAGAUAAUUAAAAUCACCCCUUAGCCAACGGAACGCUUUCCGGCCUU